UCAGACUCAACACUAUCUACAGUGUAUUUAAGAUAUGGAGCGUCUGAAAUUAGUGCUGCAAUACUUCCAGUCCAACUCUGAGUCCAUCUCCAACGGGAUCUGUAUCAUCCUGGCCUUGGUCAGCGUCAAACUCUACACCAGCUUUGACUUUAACUGCCCGUGCCUUCCUCAGUACAACAAACUGUACUCUCUGGGAAUAAUGAUUGUCCCACCCAUUAUAUUGUUCUUUCUGGGGGUCCUAGUUAACCGACAUACAAGCGUCAUGAUGGACGAGUGGAUGAGACCCACAGGGAAAAGAUCCAAAAAUCCUGCUGUGGUUAAGUACCUGUUUUCAGCUAUGAUCCAGAGGGCCCUCCUGGCACCACUGGUGUGGAUUCUGGUCACUUUGCUGGAUGGAAAGGUCUUCAUUUGUGCUUUCAGUAUUAGUGUGGACCCUGCACUGUUCUCAGGUUUGCCCACCAAUACGGGUCUGGAUGUGAUCAAAAUCAUGGCCAAAGUGCCUUGCAAAGAAAAUAUCAUUUUCAGAAACAGCUCCUUCCCCAAAGCAGUCUCUCGUUAUGUUCGCUGCUAUUCACAAGCAGUUGGCUGGUCAAUCCUACUCUUCCUGAUUGUACUGGGAGCACUGGGGCGCCUCAUCAAGCCUUGUUUUGAUGACCACGGUACCUUCAUGCAGACGCGUUACUGGAGCAACUACCUUGACAUAGAGCAGAAACUCUUUGACGAAACCUGCAUCUUGCAUGCUCGUGUUUUUGCCCGGAAAUGUGUGGUGCAGUUUUUUGAAGACAUGAAGGAGGAUGCUGUACUUCGUCUUCCACACCCACCCUUCAUCUCAAGGUCCCAAGAGGAGUGGGAGGAUGAAGAGGAGAGACUUCAUGGAAUAUCAAAGCAGGAGCAGAUGAACCAGCUGCUCAACAAGUGGUACUACAUUAAACCUGAACUGGAUGUCACCAGGAUAGCCCACAGACCCAGGACGUGUAUUACAUGGGAGGAUCGUGAUGGGAAGACUUUAUACUCUGAUGUCUAGGACACACUCAGUACUGUGUAGCUCCAGGAAACAUGUCAUGAUAAUCAAUUCACUAACAUUAAGCUAUAGCAACAUGUUAGAUGUAGAUUAGCUCAGUGUAGUAGAAAUUUAUGUUAACGAUGCCUAACCUCAAAGGUGCACUUACUGAUAAUUUAAAGCAUUCAACUGCAUCUCCCAGCCUUCAUUCAGUAAACUGAGCUGGCACAGGGGUCAUCGCAGUCUCUGUUCAGAGAUGGCCUCUGGUCUCACAUGUGGAAUACCUGAGAUAACUGUCUUUUUAUGUUAUUUAUUCAUCCCUUCAUAUAUGUUUGUAUCAUGAAAGGAUGACAACACAAGGACAACUAAUUUUUUUGUUGUACAACUUCAUUGUACAACAAUAAUUAAAACAGAUUGUGAAAGAUCUCCUUGAUCUUUCUACAGCCAUCCCAACCAUCUCUUGCUUUUUCAUUGAUGUAACAUUCUAUUGCAGAUGUUGACAGGCGUUUAAUAACUUACUUUUCCGCAGAGACACUGACAAGAAGAAGUUAAAUAUGUAUCUUGCUGUAUGCAAAAAGGAGAGUAGACUAACAGGCUAUGCAAAUAUUUAAAUGCUUGACAAGUGUAGAUGCAAUUUAAAACAAUCACACUAAAGGAUGCCAAAUGUCUACACUUCCAACAGUAAUAGGUUAACAAGCUUGACUGGCACAACAACUUGCUAAAACAUAUAUAGCACUCCUGUGUGUCUGAAACUAUCAAAGGCAUAUCCAGAAGGGUGUCCUUGAUGGUACUGGCCACCCCUGAACUCUGACUGGCCACCCAAAGUGCCACUCCAUGAUCCUUAAGUAUGACUGGCUCCCAGUAAGAGGUUGCACCUCAGAUUAAAACAAGUAUAUGAGGAGUAUUUUUGAAUGUGCAUUAUUUUCUUUUGUAUAUAACCAUACUUUGGGAGAUACAAUUUCUAUUUGUGGACCUAAAUGCUGAAUUCUGACAGCUAGUACUCAGAUUCAACCCUUCACUCUUCAUUUGAACAUCAAAUCGAGACUGCCUUUCCAGUUUGUUUGGUUUGUAAUUAAGAGCAUUUAUUAAUAAUUUUAUGAAUAUUAGUGAUUAGCAAAGAUAAUCUCUGGUGGCUGUGGCUCGUUGAUUUCCUCAGUUCCUCAGAAUGGGCAAAAAUUCCCACAGAAACACUCUACAAUCUUGUGAAAAGCCUUCCCAGAAGAGCAGAAGCUGUAUGAAUGUGGUGUCAUUAAAGUCCUUGUUGGUGUAAUGGUCAAGUGGCCCAGUAUUUUUGUCCUCAUAGUGUUUGUGCAGGAGCACGCACAAGCUUUUGGCUAAAAAUGUCAUCUCAGACAGGCUAUCUGUGAACAGCAGACUAAAGCCUCUUAGAUAAACCCCAGAGACCAUCCCUCAGCAUUCAGUGGAUAGCCUAAGAAAGAUCAUGGAAGACAUUCACAUCUAAUAAUAGAAACUUCUUGAAUGGAGAUAGUGCCAGUGGUGAAUGUGCACAGAUAUGUUUGUGAGUAUUUCUAUGUUGCAAGGGUCAUUUGACUAUGUUAGGGUUUGUCUGGCUGGUUUUGCAUGCAGUUUGCUGAGAUGGAACUUGCCCUCACAGACUGAUGGAAACAUGCAAAUGGUUAUUUAGAACUAUGUGUAUGUAAAAGUGUUGCUCGUGGCUACAAAUCUACAGAAUCAUCACCAACUCUGCAAUUCUGGACUAUUAUUGUAGUCAAACU